AUGAGUGAGAGCAACGAUGAAGCGGAGAAAGAGCAGAAUACCAAGGAUCUCCAGUCGGAUACCGAGUCGGAUGAUCUUAACCUCAUGACAGAUGAUUCCACAUAUAAGAAGGAAGACCCAGGGCGUCUCCAUUCUAUUACAGGAGCUAUGUCUGAAGAGGAGUUACACAGAUAUGAAAAGUUUCGGGGAAGUGGAUUCCCAAAAGCUGCAAUUAAAAAGUACAUAAGUAGUGUAAUAGGACAAGCUGUGAACCCCAACUUUGUCAUUGCUGUCUGCGGGCUUGCCAAGGUCUUUGUAGGCGAGAUGAUAGAAAUAGCAAAAAUAGUUCAGGAAGAACGCCAGGAAGAAGGCCCUCUGCUUCCUUCGCACAUACACGAGGCAUACAGGAGAUUGUAUAAAAGAAUUCCCAACACCAAGAUCUUCAAGAAAGCACCCUGGAAUAUGUAA